CUGCGCUCUACGUCACCGCAGUGUGCGCUGCUGCAGAGUCACUGUGAGGGUCUGAGUGUAAACAGCAGCGGGAGGAGGAGAGUCCGCCGCUAAAGCGCUUUGUUGUGGAGCGACAGAUGGAGUUAUAGACAUUUUGUAGAGAAGCCUGUGCUUGUGUUGAGACGCAGCGUUAGUGCGGGUAGCUCUGCCCAGUUUCAGCGCAGUUGGGCGGGUUUAACACGGUAAACAGCCACGCUGAGCGUAGCUUAGCGUUAGCUUAGCGGUAGCUUUACCCGCGAUAGGCCUUGCUGUAUGCCCGGACUUCAGCUGGAUCUUACGGGCUGGCUGGAGCCCUUGAGCCUUCUGAGGCUGUGAAAGGCACUACCAUGGCCACUGUGAAGACGGGAGGAAAGGAGUGCGAAGAGGAGACAUUGCAGACUGCCUUUAAGAAGCUGCGCGUGGAUGCUGAGAGCUCUGCAACCGCAGUGCAUGUCUGCGAGGCCUUGGCAUCCAGAGCAGGAGCUCGAGUCAGCGCAGAUGGAGCCAAACCCAAGAUUACUUCCCCGAAAGAGAACUGGCUCGGAUGUACACGGAAGUCCUCCAGAGGAUUAGUGAGAAGCCAGAGACGGAGAAGAUCCAAGUCCCCCAUCCUUCACCCUCCGAAAUUCACUUACUGUAGCUCCAAAAUGCCCAAUCCUCCUUGCCACCUUAAACACAAGAGCCCUCCAGAGCCAGAAGACCCCAGUGCCUCUCUGGUUAUUCCAGCUAAGAAGGAGCUUUUAUCUUCUGGUCCCUGUUCACCUGUUUUUGGCGUUGUUGGCUAUGAAACCCAUCUCCCGGUUGCUUUGGAGAGCCCCAGCUCCCCUCUGCUCCACACCAGAACCCCGUCAGACGAUGAGAGCAGCUCUGAAAGUGGACCAUGCCCAGGAAAAGAAAGUUCUCAUGCUCCUUCAGAGGAACCCGGCGCUGCAGCUGCAGCUGCAGCUCCAGCGACCGCUCCGUCUGACUUUAAGUCCCUGUGCAAGCUUCAGGAGAGCGCUCAGUGCUCGUGCGGCCAGAGAGAGUGCCAGUGCUCCGGGUGGCAGGGCGUGGAAGUCUACUCGUUCACAGGCCUCCGCGAGGUCAUCUCCGAGUGCGAGAGAAAGCUGCCCAGCCCUCCGGACGCGGCUCAGAACUCCAGAACUCAGACCGGAACCGGAAGCAGUGGGACGUCUAGCUCGCCACGUACCUGUUCCGAACAGGCCCGUGCCUACGUGGACGACAUCACCAUAGAGGAUCUCUCAGGCUACAUGGAAUACUACCUUUACAUCCCCAAGAAGAUGUCGCACAUGGCUGAGAUGAUGUACACCUAAGGCAAAUAAUUAAACAGUACAUCGAAGGAAUGUUUAGAAAGAAAUCUACAUACGGAUGAAUUUGUAUAGUGGAGGUCUAUAAAAGAUGGGUAUUGAGGGAUAUGUGAUUAAAAGAUGGGGUCAUUUAUGGAAAACGGUGAGGCAUGAAAAUGUUAUUUAAGUUUUUCUGUCAGUGUCCACUUUUGCUCCCUGUUCUUCAGUGUCCCUGUGGUUAAAUCUGGCUACUACACUUGGAGUUGACUCAGUCGUCAGUUUUUUUUUCUUCUUUUUUUUCUGUUAUGAUUAUUCUUUUGCCUGGUUUCCAUACAAAAUUGCCAAAGCUCUGUUGCAGAGGUUUCAGGUUUGAGUUUAUUGGUAUAUGCAAAGUUGGAAUGCCAAGUAAUAACUACAGUCACCUUGUGUUGUCUUUUUGCGUUUCCAUUGAUUGAGAAUAAAAGACUUUGUUGUCGAAGGGUU